UUAUUCCGCGCGGAUUCCCGUCUUGAUGAAGCGUGCUGCGUACUGUGUGCUGCAUACGUACGUAAGGUUGUUCGACUGCGAGAGAGCACCGUAAACAUUUGGAAGCAUUGCGAUCUGGCCGAAGCAUAGAACUACGCCGGUCCACGUGGUGUGUUUACAAACAAAUACCGGUGCAACAGUUUUGAAGUAAAAUAACAAGAAAACAAGUCGUUGUAGAAUACGUAGUUUGUAGAGCGAGAGACUAACUCACAGCAAGAGAGGAGUUUGAGAUCGUGGGAAGGUGACUCAGCUGCCGCGCUUGUUGCGUGAACAAGGAAGCAAGGCCCACCUAUCUGCAUCAGACAUUUUCAAACCACCGGACCAAACCAUGUCGCUACCCAUCAUACUGUUCUACGUGUUCAUCACGGCUUUCAUGCUGCUGUCCUACAACCCAAAGCCCCGCAAAAUACUCGAAUCGAUCAAAAGCUUUCUGCUGCACAUCGCCCACCUAAGCAAAAAUGUCGUUUCGACGACGAUACACGUCCCACUGGACGCAGUGCCAAUAAAUCAAUCCGAGCCGGUCUACACAGUUUGGGACAUUCCGGGACCGAGACGCUGGCCCAUGGUUGGAACAAAAUGGAUGUACUUCACCGGACGCUAUAAGCUCAACAAAAUGCAGGACGCCUUUGUGGACUUGCACAAACGCUAUGGGAAAAUUGUUCUCGAGUAUGAUCACGUGCCGAUCGUUAAUUUGUUCGAUCGAGCUGACAUGGAGAAGGUGCUCAAAUACCCCAGCAAGUAUCCUUACCGACCACCGACGGAAAUCGUUGAAUAUUACAGAAGAAGCCGGCCGGAUCGAUUUGCCAGCACUGGAAUUGUUAACACGCAAGGCGAACAAUGGCACGAACUACGAGUGAAGCUCACAUCUGGCAUAAUGUCCCGAAAGCUGCUGCAAGCUUUCAUUCCAACGCUUAAUGAAAUUGCUGACGAAUUUGUGAACCUGAUUCGCCAGAAACGCGACGCUAACAAUUGCGUGAAGGAUUUCCAAGACCUCGCAAACACCGUUGGGCUCGAGAUCAUUUGUUGCUUCGUACUCGGCCGCCGGAUGGGAUAUAUGAGCGGCGACAAGCAAAAGAACGAGAAGUUCGUAAAGUUAGCUGAAGCUGUGAAAUCAACCUUCGUCUACAUCAGUCAGAGCUAUUAUGGGGUUAAGUUGUGGAAAUACUUCCCCACCAAACUCUACCGGGACUACGUGCGUUGCGAGGAAAUCAUUUAUGAUACUAUUGCCGAGAUUGUGAAUGAAGCACUCGACGAAGAGCAAGUCAAAUGUUCAGAGGACGAUAUGCGCGGAAUUUUUCUUAACAUACUACAGACAGAAGGGUUAGACAAAAAAGAUAAAAUUGCUGGAAUUAUUGAUCUUAUUCACGCGGCCAUAGAAACGUUCUCCAACACCUUUUCGUUUUUACUAAACAAUAUGACGCAUAAUCCGGAACGCCAAACGCGUGUUGCACAAGAGUUCAGCUCUAAUACGAUAACCAAUAACGACUUGGUAAAUGCGACCUUCACCAGAGCGUGCAUCAAAGAGUCGUACAGAAUUUCUCCAACGACUCCAUGUCUGGCUCGUAUCCUUGAGGAAGAUUUCAUUCUGUCCGGUUAUCAUCUGAAGGCUGGGACGGUAGUUCUGUGCCAUACGCGAGUGUCCUGUCAAAACGAGCAAAAUUUCCAACAAGCCGACAUUUUCUUGCCCGAGCGGUGGCUUGAUCAAAUGGACGAAAAUCAAAACGUCUACAAAUUGGAGGAACCCGGAUCGUCUCUAGUGCUCCCAUUUGGAACUGGUCGGCGAAUGUGCCCCGGAAACAAAAUCAUUGAAAUUGAACUGACACUCAUAAUGGCCAAGAUUUUCCAACAGUUCGAAGUGGAGUACCACAGCCAACUGGAUACGCAGUUCCAAUUUUUGCUGGCCCCUGGCACGCCAAUUGAGAUUAUGUUUAGAGAUCGCGACUGAGAAUAGAGUUUAAGAUCUUCCAGAUUAAUUCCUAUGAAACCUCCUGAUGUUUGUUAACUAUUGUGAUUAAGAUUUUUAGGGGUAAUCAACUAUAAAUAAGCUAGUUCUCUGGUACGUAAGAAAAGACAAAGCGAUAGAAUCAUAUUGAUUAUUUCUGUUUAAACAGAUUGUUGAUCUGUGUACUAUUUACAACUGAUUGUACCCUAGUGGGCUGAACAACUGAGUAGUUCUAUGUAUAUAAUUAUUUUGUAAUUCAUUAACUUAUUACCAAUGUACAAAUUAUUAUAUUACGAGACCACAAUGAAAAUAUAUUAUUAUGAGAUAA